AUGGCCACGCCUCUCCAGUUUGCGACGUUUACGUCGGAGAUUGAGCUACCCUUUUAUUCGGCUCUUUUUGCCUCCAAGCUCGACUAUGACAAGCUGGAUGACUCUGCGAGAAACGUGCUCGGUUUGUAUGAGUCGAGAGUUGAGGAACCACAGGCUAGCUGCAAGAUGCAGAUCCUAGGUAAUGCCCUAACCAACCAAAACGCACCUCUAGGCACAGCCAGAGGAGAAGGCAUUAUCAAGAAUAUCUGGGACGCAAUCAACGACGGUACCAUCUACUCUGUGCCAUCGCUUCUCUCAUCUUUUGUCAUCCUCUCGUACGCGGAUCUCAAGAAAUACAAGUUUACGUAUUGGUUCGCGUUCCCAGCCUUACAUUCAGACCCCCAAUGGAAGCGGACCGGACCUGUUGAACGCUUCACCGCCGAUGAAAGCACAGAACUGGUCGACAGGGUUGGGACGUGGCGAUAUAGCGUUGACAGUCGUCAACAUGGGUUUUUUCUCGCGAAAAAGGUUCGUGGUCAGGAGAUCCAAACCGAAGAUAUCGAAGGCUUGAACAGUAUAGGGUUUAGAUGGGAAGUCAGCACAUUGGGCAGUUUCGAGGAGGGCUUCUUCAACGACAUCCCCGAGGAGGAUCGUUACGUCGCUUUCGUCGACCCAUCCACCUACGCCGAAGGACCUGGCUGGCCACUUAGAAAUCUCCUGGUUCUCAUCCGACAGCGCUUCCGGGCGUCAAGGGCCAAGAUUCUGUGCUACAGAGACACCUGGGCCCGAAGACACGAAGCCAGGAGUGUCGUGCUCCCCAUCGAAAUGGACUCCGUAGAAACGAUGGAGAUGAGAGAAAUGCCCAAGGUUACGGGGUGGGAGAGGUCGCGAAACGGAAAGCUUCAAGCCCAGCAGGCAAAUCUCGCAGACUACAUGGACCCGACGAGACUGGCUGAUUCAUCCGUCGACUUGAACCUGAAGCUGAUGAAGUGGCGUCUCGCACCCGACCUUGACUUGGACCUUAUCAAGAACACAAAAUGUCUCCUGCUGGGAGCCGGAACACUGGGAGGCUACGUCUCGAGAAAUUUGCUAGGCUGGGGUGUGAGGAAGGUGACAUUCGUCGACUACGGCAGGGUCUCAUACUCGAACCCCGUACGACAACCACUAUUCGAGUUCAACGACUGCACAAAUGGCGGGCAGCCAAAAGCAGCAGCCGCAGCGGCCAUGCUGAAGCGCAUCUACCCCGGUGUUGAAAGCGAAGGACAUGCCCUCUCUGUGCCAAUGCUUGGCCAUGCAUUUACAGACGAGGAAAAGACGAGGGCCGACUUGGAAAAGCUCGAAGGCUUGAUUGAGGACCACGACGUUAUUUUCCUGUUGAUGGAUACCCGUGAGUCGCGUUGGCUACCGACGGUGAUAGGAAAGGCUCGAGCAAAGAUUGUCAUGAAUGCCGCUCUUGGAUUCGACUCUUAUGUCGUCAUGCGUCACGGAGCCGAGACGAGGGAGAACGGACAGACAUCUCUCGGCUGUUACUUUUGCAACGACGUCGUGGCCCCAGCCGAUUCAAUGAAGGACCAGACCCUCGACCAGCAGUGUACAGUAACCCGGCCCGGCGUCGCAGCCAUCGCAUCUGCCCUCCUGGUCGAGCUGUUCACUAGUCUCCUCCAACACCCGCUCCGAAACCAGGCACCAGCACCCCAACAUACGCCAGGAAGUAUUCCCGACCGCGACCCUCCCAGCCAUCCUUUAGGUCUGGUCCCCCACCAAAUCCGCGGCUACGUAUCUACGUUCCAAAACAUGAAUAUCCGGGGUCAAUCGUACGACUGCUGCAGCGCAUGUAGUCCCAAGGUGUUAGACGCAUAUCGCACAGAUGGAUGGGGUUUUGUCAAGAGGGCACUGCAGGAGAAGGAUUACGUUGCUGAGCUGUCCGGGUUGGUGGAGGUCCAGAGACGGGCAGAGGAGAUGGCAGCCAAUGUGGAUUGGGAAGAAGAAGAUGAUGAUCUUGUCGAGGACGGGGAGGGGGAAUUACUUUGA